UCUACAGCCGACUGCAUCAACAAAGAUGGCUAAACAUUCGGGCCUGGUGGACGAGUUGAAAGUGCAAUAGAUGCCAAGAGUGUGUCAAUGUUGGUGGAUUAAUGAUACAGACGCUCACGUAAUAUAACAGACAGGAUGGAUGAAACUGCCAUGGAAAUUCUCUUUGAUGGCAAGCACGGUCUGAGUCUGAAACAAGGUCUCAAUAGGCUGUAUAAGGACAAGACUCUGUGUGAUGUGACCUUGACCUCCAGUGAUGGCGUGGACAUUCAAGCUCAUUGGCUGGUUCUGGCAGCACAUUCAGAUUUUCUUCGGCAUCUGGCAGUCAGCAGGAAUGUGAUGCAGUCCAUAGUGUCAGACACAGGCAGCCUGAAACUAAAUAUAGAGUCGGAGAUACUGAAGAUGAUGCUGGACUAUCUCUACACUGGGGAGCUUGUGGUCACCAAGGACACUCUGCACAAGAUAAAGAUGGCCGCCAAGGUAUUACAGCUGUCCAAAGCUCUUGCCUUGCUGGAGCAGUCUCACUUGUCAGGCUUGGGUGAUCAGAGCUUUGAAGCUGAGUCCAAAAUACUGCAGCCAACUGCAUCACUUCAGGCACCGGUCAUUGAACAACAGCAGCUCCAGAGUCCAGACGACCAGGGGUUUGCUGUUAUGGGAACAUUAACACAGUCGCCCGCAUCAUAUGGUCAGGUUCAGUCAAUGCAGUCACCUGCACCAUUUGUCCAAGUGCAGUCAACUGCCUCACCCAUGUUAUAUUCCCAGGGUUAUCUCCAAAGCCAACACUAUGACAAUGAUUCCCAUAGAAUGCAGCAACCUGCAACAGUGUUGAAGGAGGAAGCAUCACCUUUACUACCUACCAUUUUAUCUGUGGAAUCUAUUAGUAACAGUCAAACAGCAUUUAGCUCCCCAUCAUUCAGUAAUGCAUAUCUAGACCAAAGACCUCACACCAAGGACAGUUCUCAUGAACAUGAAUCUGGUGAGCCAGGUAGAAGGAGAAGUGAGCCCACUAGGCAGCUCUUGGAUGAAGCUCAGAUAGUAGCUGGGAAGAGACCAGGUGGAGAUAGGAAUUCAUGGUGCUUAUUCAGGUCUGCUGGAAAAGACCAAGCUGUCAUUCAAACAAAAAGAGGAAGACCACAAACAGUAUUUAAAGGAUUAAACAUUAACAGAUUUCAAUAUUCCUCUGCAAAGUAUGUGAAUCUUAGUACAAAGAAAAAGAGUUCUGCAACAGAAAAACAGAUGAAUCAAAAACAGAUGAAUAAAAAAAAGUCAUCUAGUCCUUUUGUGUUAGAAGCUGUGAAAACAUAUCUCUCCCAAAAAGGAUCAUUGAAUGAACAUAAAGAAGGGGAAUCUUCACAUUUGAGCUCAGAAGUUGCACCAGAAGAUAUGACAGCACAAAAUACAUGUCCAUAUUCAAGUGGGUCAUGUAGUUCUACACGAGCAGUGUUGAAGUAGACCUAGGGCUCGUGGAAGACCGAACAGUUUGAUGGCCUGGAUUAUGCCAUAUAUGAGAAUCCUGACACCUCUGAUACUGAUUCCUGUGGAAACUCUUUAUCUCACUGUGCUCAAGACAAAGCUAGAAAUUGUAGAGCCAGAAAAAUCAUCACCUCAAAACUUCAGAAACAUUCAUCAUCUAUGUCAUAUUACAGAUUCACAAGUGUAUUAAGGAGUAAAUAUUUACUUUCUCAAUAUGUCCAAAACAUGUGUAUUAGGAAGACAGAAAUGUCACCAUUUCGGUGCAAGGUGUGUAAGAGAAAGUUCAAGCACCUCAGUUCAUUGAAAUAUCACUGUUUGUCAACACACUUAUCAAAAGUCAGAAGAUUAAAAAGAAAUCCUCAAACAGGGGCUCUAAGCUCAAGUCCACCCUCCAGUCAAACAUCUAUGAUGGAAUACAACUCUGUUCCAACCCAACACAGAACAGGAAAUUCAAGGACAAAAGGGCGUUCAUUGACAUUAAGGGCAAAAGGAAAAUCAUUGACCAGAGGAACUUCACAGGCACCAGCAAGUGAUGGUAAGGCCCAAAGGACCAGGAAGAGCAGAUCUUGGGAGUUUGUUCUAUCGAAUAUUACUGAAGGUUCUGGCCAGGUGGGAGAGUGGAGGAAGUCAAGAAGGAUCUCAACACAACAAGAUCACACAGCUAACAUAAUGCUGACAGCGAAAAAGAGGAAACUCUAUUCACCGAACAAGCUUAUUUUGUCGGUACAGGCUGUAAAGAAUAAUGCAUCAACAGUGUCAGAGGCAUCAAGGAAUUUUGGCGUUCCACGCAAGACAAUUGACGACCAUGUAAAGGGGCGACUUGGCAAGCCGGUGGGUGGUAGACCCGGUCCCUCACCCAUGCUAACCGCUGAGGAGGAAACAAGCUUCGUAAAUUAUUUGACAAAUAUGUCCAACCAAGGUUUCCCGUUGACUCGUUCUAUCAGUCGAUCAUUCAUUUCAACUUUAGUCAGGAAUUCCAAAAGGCCCACACUGUUUUCCAAGGAUGGACCCUCUGACAGGUGGUUCAGAUCAUUCUUGUCUCGGCACCCUGAAAUUCAGGAGCAACGACCAGAGAGACAAGAUCGCUCCAGAACUAGGAUGUCAAAUGAGACGGUUACUUAAUGUUGAUGAGUCAGGGUUCAGUGGGAAGAUGAUGGUCAGGGAGAAUGUGACCUGCCAACAAAGGACUCACACCUAUCAACAGACGGUGACUUCGUCGGAUCAUGUGACGUCCACAGUUCGUGUAUGUGCCAAUAGCAGGGUAUUGCCAACUAUGCUUAUUUUCUCUAAGUCACUGCCACAUAGAAAUUACACUGAUGGUCUCCCUGCCGACUAGAUAUUUGCUAGCUCUGAACGUGGUUAUGUUGACAGCAAGCUGUUUAUGGAGUGGUUCACGAAGUUGUUCGUUCCCAACUGUGGACAUGAGAGACUAGUUCUCCUGGACCUGAGAGAGACCAGGACUAGUUCUCAAUAACCAUGACUGUCAUAUCAAGCUUGAGCUCUUAGAAUGUGCAGUUGAGAACCAAAUGGAAUUGCUAUGCCUACGACCUCAUUCUAACCACAUACUGCACCCCCUAGAUGUAUCCAUUAAAGGUGUUCAUUAAAGGCCAAGUUCACAAACUUAGCUACAAAGCUGGGAUUUGUCAACAGCCAAAUGGUAAUAGGGAAAGCUCGAUUCUUGUUUGUUCAGAGCCACUCUAUUGACUAGGUUUGUUCGCCUUCAGAGUCGUUCAGAAAAACGGGAAUCAUUCCGUUCUCUCCUCAUGCCAUUGACAAAUCCCAGCUUGUCGCUCCGUCAUUCCCCACACAGUCAUAUCCACCUCAGCCUUCAACCUCCAAUAAACAGCCAUCUCCUUCUGUCCUGUCCUGCGAAAUGUGCUGGAAUUUUUUAACCACCCCUUGUUUCUUCAGAUUUGAUACCCCUUUAUCUCAGUGACAUGCUAGUCCUGCCAAACGCCCCUAUUCCAAGCAAGCAUGAAAGUAAAACAGUUGAUAUUGCAAAAGUGGUGAUGGGAGAGAAAUGAUUGAGAAAAUGAAAGAGAAAUGAAAGAAUAAGGACGAUAGAUAAGAAGUAAUGUUAAACAGGUGCAGAAGAAAGCAGAGAAAGAGUUAAGAAAAGCAAGAGAGGAACAAAGAAAAGAAUGAGUGGAACGAAGAAGGAAAUGUGGAGGGAGAACAAAUGAAUGACUUCUGAGAAACUGGAACAGAUGAAGAAAAGAUGAGAAAAAG